CUGCUCAAGAAUGGCAGGUUGUUCGUCUGGUCGGAUGCUCGAGGAGAGGCAGUCGUGAAGCUGAAGCAGGCGGUAGCCGGUGCAUCGUUGCUCCACAAGCCAGUUCCAGGAGCGCCGCUCAUCAUCGAAACAGAUGCCUGGGAGGUUGGCAUCGGCGCGGUGUGA